AUGCACGAGAUCAUCACUCUCCAGCUAGGCCAGUUGAGCAACUAUGCUGCAACUCAUUUCUGGAACACCCAGGAAUCCUACUUCACUUACUCUGAUCAGGACGAAUCCCCGGUGAACCACGACGUUCACUGGCGUCCGGGUGUGGCCCUAGAUGGCUCCGAGACCUUCCUCCCGCGUACCGUCGUCUAUGAUCUAAAGGGCGGUUUCGGCUCGCUUCGCAAGAUCAACGCCUUGUACGACGCAAGCCAGGAAGAGGCACCUGCUCACUUAUGGGAAGGAUCUGCGCAAGUACACAAACAGACAUCGGUAGAGCCGAGCGCCUAUCAGAAAAGUCUUGACCUCGGCACGCCUGCCCCAAAGCUCAAGUCCUCCGACGUGCGGUAUUGGUCCGACUUUUCGCGCGUCUACUACCACCCAAAGUCUCUCAACCAGCUCUAUGACUAUGAGAUCAACUCCUCCAUCAGGCCCUUUGACAAGUGGUCUCUGGGCAGGGAAUUGUUCGAUUCUCUAGACAAGGAACAUGACAUUGUCGAUCGAGACUUCCGUCCCUUCGUAGAGGAGGCCGAUCAGAUGCAGGGUCUCCAGAUCGUGACAACUAUAGACGACGCCUGGGGAGGUUUCGCGACCGAGUAUGUAGAGCGCCUGCGAGAUGAGUAUGGCAAGACUACAAUUUGGGUGUGGGGUCUGCAGAUUCCUGUACCCGCUGCCCGCAUCGACCAAAGACGCCUCCAGCUCGCCAACACUGCAAGGGCAGUCAAGGACAUGUGUGAGCACGCCUCGAUGCUGGUUCCCAUGGCUCUCCCCCAAGCACGGUUGAGCUCAAACAUCAGCAUCGACAUGCAAUCUCCUUGGCAAACCACGGCCUUGCUAAGUACGGCCAUGGAAACAGCAGGGAUCGCUUCCCGGCUCAACUCAACCAGCUCUGGCAGUGGUCUACAGGCGACGCUCGGCGAGCUGGUGAGUGGGUUGAAUCUACGCGGCAGACAGACCAUGAGCCGUCUGCAAAUGACCGUCGUCGACCCAGCCUCGGAAACGAAACAAGACACCCGCGCACCAGAGUCAGGUUUGGAUGAUGACAAAGCUGGCGAGAUUACCAAGCUUGACACGGACUUGUUUGAUAUCCUCCGACCCAAGCCUACUCCUGGAAGAAGGAAUAUGAAUGGCGGAGGCGGCAAGCCUCACCUUUUCGGGCAGACAAUCACUACACGUGGCUCACAGCAAGUCAUGAAACACGACGAGGACGAGGGCGGAGAUAGCCGGCAACGGCCAAGGGCUGCGCUCAUAGAGACUAGUACACAAAGGUAUCUCACCGAUAGGGGCUUCCCUAUGCUCGACAGUUUCCCCGAGAUCUACCUCGACGGCAGCGGCAAGCCGUUGAGCGAUUCGUUUGGCGUCAAGACCAGUCUUUCCACAGAUACUUCAGUGUCUGCCGCGCUGAAUGCCCUGCGCACUACCGUCGCGUCCUCUCUUGGCGUGGAGGACCGGGAAGACAUUAGCAAUGAGCUAGCCGACUUCGCCGAGGCGUAUCGAGAAGGAUGGUCAAGUGGUAGCGAUGAUGACGAUGAUUGA